AUGCACACUAAUAAAAAUAUUACUGAUGAUACUACUAACAUAAUUAACUUUGGAUGGAGAGUCAAAGUUCUUGAACAAGAAUUGGAAAGAACAAUUGAUUAUUUUCAAUUUCAGAUUAUUUAUUUGAAGAAAAAUGCAAAUGACAAUUGGUGGGCAGCUCGGUUUGCCGAGAGAGAACUCCAUGACUUAAAGAAAGAAUACGUUUAUAAAAGGAAAAGGUACCUGAUGGUCGAGGAAAACUGCCAGCUAGAUCAAAGGGCUGAUGUGUCACUUGUGGAUGAAGAUUGGAACUAUACAGCAACAGAAAUCUUGAUGUAUAGAAACAGAAUCAAUGAUCUUGAAAUAGAACUUCAAAGGACAUUUCAUUAUUACCAGGAAGAGAUACUUUCUUAUAACAAAGAAGCACAAAUCAAUUGGCGUGUGACUUCUUUCAAAUAUACCGACAUCCCCUACUAUCAGUUUGUCUCCAUUGUUUCUGCUGCAGAGGAUCCCUGUGACCUCAUCCCCGAGAUUAGUUACCCCAUAAAGUGA